AUGGGCAACGCGGCAUGGGUUGGCACGGGUCAAGAGGAAGACGAUGAUGGCGUGUUGGUAACUAAGUGUGAUGUAGUAAGGCAUAUUGUGUAUGGCGAUCAGAUAUUGGAAGGCGAAAAUAAGCAAGAUUCCUCUUGUGUAUAUUCUAUGGUUGAAGCAUAUCUUUAUGCGAUCAAAGAGCGUUUGCCACGGAUGACGGCUACAAUACUAGCCUCUGACGACGCUGGUUGUUACAAAUCCAAAGAACUACUAUUGUAUCUGGUAUUAUUGAAUCUCACCUGUUCAAUCCAGAUUGUCAGGUUUAUUCAUACAGAGACGCAAGACGGAAAAGGGCUGUUAGACGCACACUUUGCACGUGGCGGCGGACACGUAAAUAACUUUAUGAAAUCAUCGAAACGUAAUAGGAUAAAAAAGAUAGCUACUCCAAAAGACUUGGCUGCUGCAUUGGCGUGGAAAGGGGGCAUACAGAAUGCGUUCGUUCAGUUGAUAGCUAUAGAUCGGAAAGGACGACUGCAAACAUUCAUAGAGCAGACUAAAAAGAUAGUUGAUGCAGCAGGCAAGUUCUUCACCCGGGCCAAUGAUGUUAUUUUCGAGAGAGCUACGUGUCCGUUAGUAGGAGGUGAUCUCCUCGAUCUGGGAAAGAUUCUGAAUAGCGAUACGGUCAUUCAUUUGCGUGCGUAUGCUUAUUCUGGCGUUGGUACUGGUGUACUAUUCCCAGAUGGGUUUAGCGUCGAAUCAUUCACAAUAGUUGAUGAAAUCGACGCUGAUGUUGGUGAAGGUGUUGACCUGGGUUUGGCUAAUAGUAUCAUUGAUAAAAAGGGCGCUAAUAAUGGCAUCUCUUCGAGUGCUACCGGGAACGAUGAGGAUACCGCAGCUAAGCCCAGGAAACAGUGGAAUUUCAACGCGAAGAGGGCACCGCUCUCUGAAGAAUCAUUGCAGGAAGAAGAUGAUAGUGACGGUGAGAUGGUAAUGUCUGGAGAGGUCGAUUAUGUGAUGGAGACUGAGGGAGAUCAAGUAGAGCCCGACGACCUGAACUAA